AUGUGUAAGCCAGAGAGUAAUAGCAACAAGUGGCAAGAUUUGGGUUGGAUGGGUUUGAAGGUUCAAAAGGAGAAAGUUAGUUCUGGUUCAGGUUCAGGUUCGGGUUUAGGUUCGGGUUCAGGAAGGGGUAGAAUGAAACUAUGGAUGAUUCGUGCAACUUCAUCGGUGAUAUUAUGGACUUGCAUCGUUCAAUUAACAGCUAUAGGUGAUUUAUGGGGUCCUAGAGUUCUUAAAGGUUGGCCUUCGUGUUUCACUCAUGAAUCUGCUUCGAAUUCCAGAGCUAUGGAUAUUCAGUUUCCUUCUUCACGUCCACCACUUCUACCUCCCAAGAGAGUUUAUAAAAACAAUGGAUACUUGAUGAUCUCAUGUAAUGGAGGACUGAACCAAAUGAGAGCAGCGAUUUGUGACAUGGUUGCCAUUGCUAGAUAUUUAAAUGUCACACUUAUAGUUCCUGAACUUGAUAAAACAUCCUUUUGGGCUGAUCCCAGUGAGUUCAAAGACAUAUUUGACGUGGAUCAUUUUAUCACAUCCUUGAGAGAUGAGGUUCGGAUAUUGAAAGAGUUGCCUACUAGACUCAAGCAGAAAGUGGAACAUGGUUUCCUUUACAGUAUGCCACCCAUUAGUUGGUCUGACAUAUCUUACUAUAAGAACCAGAUUCUACCCUUGAUACAAAAGUACAAAGUUGUCCAUUUAAAUAGAACGGAUUCUCGACUGGCCAAUAACAACCAACCUCUAGAGAUUCAGAAGCUGCGUUGCAGAGUUAAUUUUAGUGCUCUGAAAUUUACUCCUCAGAUAGAGGAGUUGGGGAGAAAGGUGAUCAGUCUUCUAAGGAAAAAUGGCCCAUUUCUGGUACUUCAUCUGAGGUAUGAGAUGGACAUGUUAGCAUUUUCUGGCUGUACUCAAGGUUGUAACAGUGAAGAAGUGGAGGAGUUGACAAGAAUGAGAUACGCCUAUCCUUGGUGGAAAGAGAAAAUUAUUAAUUCUGAUUUGAAAAGAAGAGAUGGUUUAUGUCCUCUAACACCUGAGGAGACUGCCCUUACACUAAGGGCUCUUGACAUUGAUCGGAACAUUCAAAUCUACAUUGCAGCUGGUGAAAUAUAUGGUGGAGAAAGGAGAACGACAAGUCUCUCAAAGGAGUAUCCAAAAUUGGUCAGGAAGGAAACUCUGUUGGAGCCAUCUGACCUUCGUUUCUUCCAAAAUCAUUCAUCUCAGAUGGCAGCAUUGGAUUAUCUUGUCUCACUAGAGAGUGAUAUUUUUGUUCCCACAUAUGAUGGAAAUAUGGCCAAAGUAGUUGCGGGCCAUCGCAGAUAUCUUGGGUUCAAGAAGACAAUUUUAUUGAACCGAAAGCUCUUAGUUGAUUUAAUCGAUCAGUACAACAAUGGAAUACUGAACUGGGACCAAUUUUCUUCAGCCGUGAAGGAAUCUCACGCGCAUCGCAUGGGUAACCCUAGUAAAAGGUUGGUAAUCCAUGAUAGGCCCAAAGAAGAGGAUUAUUUCUAUUCCAACCCAGAGGAAUGUUUAGAACCACCAAAUGAUCUGUUGAGUCGCACGUGA